GUAUAUAAGAAGAUCAGUUUGCCCGCUUGCGACAAAAGGUGUUAGACCGCUUGAGUGAAUUAAUCCGCGAGUGAGAAGUAUUUGAAAAGCGUUUAACAACUUGAAAAUAAAAACCGCACAACUAUUAUCCGCAAAAUGGCGCUAGGCUACAAAUUUACGAUUGUCUUCGUUUUCGUCAUCAUCUAUCUAGCGAAAGCUCACUAUCAGAACAGAACUAAAGAUUUCGAUUUCAAGAGGCAUUAUACAAAAUUAUUUCCAACCUCUGGACAUCUGGACGAUAAUCCUUCCGGUACAACUAGACAAUCACACAUCUACCCUCAUCCUACAAUCCAUCCACCUGUAAACCCCUGCAUCCCUCAUAGUCAUAUCUUCAGUUUCUCUAACGUCGGUCUUCAGAAAAUUGGUCGAGAUUUUAUCAACAGCAAUGACGUUAUUAAUCUCAGUCUGGAUGAUAAUGACAUAAACGAGAUUUCGCCAUUCGCUUUCCGCAACAUGCGAAACUUGAAGUAUCUGGACCUUUCUGGGAAUAAAAUUCCGAAGGAAAAGCUAUUGGCGUUGAUCGGAAACAACAAGCUGGAGACGUUGAUUAUCGACAACAAUCGAGAUUUCAAUAACCCAGUUACAAACAUGCUGACGGAAUAUGAACCGUUUCCAAACUUGAAAUAUCUGCACUUGUGCAACAAUCAAUUAGGAAAUUUUCAAAUACCUUUUCACAUAGCAACGCCUUCCUUGACUCAUUUACAUCUGAGCAAUAACAGCAUCAAUUCCAGUAACAUCGUCUUUGACAAUCUUCCGGCAACGUUGACUCAACUUCAUCUGGCUAAAAAUUUUAUUGAUCGAAUCAAACAAGGCAAACUCAGGAACAUACAGGAGCUCAAUAUGGAUGAUAACGUUAUUACCCAAGUAUGCUUUGAGAACUGCGAAGACGAAUCCAUACCCUUGAAAGGCGCUUUCGAAUUACGGAAGCUGGCUUUAUCCAACAAUCUGAUCUCAGAAAUAUCGCUCGAUGCCUUCAGUGAGACGAGUAAUUUGUUAGAGUUAGACCUUUCAGGCAACAAGAUCUCUGAUGUGGCUAUGGGCACUUUUAAUAAUACUAGGAUGAUAAGUGUUCUUUCUUUGGCUAAUAAUACACUUGUUAGAGUACCGGAUGUUUGCUCGCUGUAUAAUCUAAAGACCCUGGAUCUGUCUGGGAAUCGCAUCAGCGCAAUUCCUUAUCUCACUUUCUGCACUUCCUUGAGAAAUUUGGAAUUUUUAUAUUUAUCAAACAAUGUCAUAACCACCAUUGAGGCCCGAGCUUUCUACAGUCUUCAAAACCUGCAACAUCUGGACCUUUCAAACAAUCUACUCAAGCAUCUACCACCACAUUGGGGAUAUUCGUUGGCCAUCACAGAGCUACAUCUUGAACGAAAUAACUUCACCGAACUGGACAGCAUGUCAUUGGUCAACAUUAAGACGCUGAGAAAUAUUUAUCUUGAUGAGAAUCCCUUGCUAGUAUUGAAAGCGAGAUCUUUCCAUUCACUUCCAGAAUCUUUAAAUGUGCAUUUAACGAAUAUCCGUAUUGACUACAAGUGCCAGUGCGAGGAAGAGGAAGAUAAUAAUGAAAAUGGUAUAGACGAUGAUGAAUGGAACUAACAAAGUGAUAAUCUUACUCCUAAGUAUUUUUAAUUAAAAUAACCAUUUUGGAAUUUAUGUAUAAUCAUUUAAGUCUCGUUCCUACAUACAUCUUAUACAAAAUACGUUAAAAAUGAAAUGGAUUAUUUUAACUAAGGUAAACUACAUGGUGAAAUUUUUCUUUAACGACUGGGAAAACAUUUAACUAUUUCAUUUAAAAAAUAUUGCCCACGCAUUUUGUACAAAUAUUAGAAACAGAGAUGAGACAAAAAUUAAAUUUCUCGGUAUUGAAUUAAAACGUAUUGGUGAAAAAAGAACAGUUACAAUAUGAAAUCUUUUUACCACUUAGAAAAAUAUACCACCUUACAGUACUUAUUUUCAGAGAUUCUCUCUAUUUGUAUUAAAUAUCCUUUAGAAAGAUUAAAAAACGCUUCAUACCAAACUGUAUUAAAUAACAAACGUAUAUCGGUUGCAAUGUUUUGCUAAUGUAAAUUUUUGAAAUCAUCUUUCACUGUGUAACUCAUUUAGCGAGUACGUAAAUUUGUAAACAAUUUUAUUUGUUCACCAUUCAAACACAUAAUAAAGUUUGUUACGACAAAUGUCACGAUACUUAUUUAGUUUUACAUAUAAAACCGAAAAAAUAAUCGUUGUCACUUUAUAGUGUGCGUACGCUUAAAAUGAAGUAUUUGAAACAAAAUAAGUUCUUUGAUUUCAUUACAUAAGGACUGUACUUAAAAGUAUACCAUUGUAGCUAGUGCUUUAUUAUAAGCUUGAUCAUUUAAGACAUGCAUUAUUAUGUAUUGCUAUAAGAUAAUUAUAUAACAUUCAUGCGUAAUUACAUGCGUAUUCUGCUUGUGAUGCUUAUGUCUUUUAAAACAAAUGGGUUUUAUAAUAAACUUGUUCGCAUUAUCAA